GCCCCGUUUCUGCGCCGCACUAUCGUUGGAAGGAUUCAGCACUGCGAGAUCGAUCUUUCGGCUGAGCCAUUUACUUCGCUUCAUCGCCCAACGGCAACAAGCGCCGAACUGUUUAGCUGCCUUUUAGUUGAACAAGGGGCCAGCUCUCAACGGUCUCGGAACAAUGGUCCCUACCAUGUCGUUCCCUGCUGCCGAAUCGCCACCAGAUCCAGACCAAUCGGCCCCUCAAGACAAAUUCGCUUUUCUCCGAGAGAUCACGGGUACCCAAAAACACCGCAACAAAACGUUCUACCAGCACCUUUUCAACGUGUACACUUAUCUAAAAAAACACGGGGCUCCAGAAGAGGUUUGCGAUGCUGGCCUGUUUCACUCCAUCUACGGCACCGAGUCCUAUGGGUUUCAGAACCAUCGCAUCACGAGAGAGGUGGUACGCGGCUUUAUCGGUGAUUACGCCGAGGAGCUAGUAUACAUCUUCUGCACGACAAAGGAUAGAUUCAAGGCGAUUGUGAAUAACACGAUGGCGCUCAGCGCCAGGCAGGCGCGGGAUCUGUGUUGCAUCGAGUUCGCAAACAUGUGGGAUCAAAACAAAGACCGACGAUAUCAAGAGCGGCUGAUCAUGCUCGGGCAGGCGAUUGUGCGCCUAGAGAGUGGUAAUCAAUGAGACUCCCAUGGUAUCUUCAUUUGGGUUGUUUACUUAACAGGGGGCACAACACGGAACCUAAUCGGAUUUGCUAGGGGCACUGGCUGAGCACUUCUGUACUUUUGACAUUGCCGGCGACGCAGCUUUUUCACAGAAUACUGGCGCGAACGAGAACAACUGCAUUCGCACGAUCACGACUGCCAGUUGUAAAACGGCGCACGUGACGCGGACAGCGUACCAACGUACGACCACCUCCCCCACCACAAUCCACUGUGGCAGCUUGGGCCUCCUCUAUCUACAAGCAAUCAACUUAUCACGCGGCUUUCACUGGGCCAAGUCGAGAAUCCUGAAGGCUCUGAGUGGCGGCGACAUAUUUACGAUGACGUACGGUGUCACCUUUGCGAGCAGCGACAUCACUGCAGCUUCUCUGGCCCUGCUGUAUCCUGCUUGCGUCGACACCUCGCGCAUGUUCCCGCUAGAGUGAGCGGAGAGUGGCGGGACCUGGGCUCCCAGAAGUGUUGGUGUCACCAUCAGCGGUUAGUUCUGCGCCGAAACUACCGACUUUUUGGUCACGGUGUAGAUACAUAUCACCCACAACGGUGGACUGAAUCGAACAGUCCAGAGAAGCUUCGAAUGAUGGAUCGCUGCAUGUUCCAAGUGAGUCGCGACUAGUUGUUUUCGGCCGAGGCUUGAAGGCCUUAGGGAUAUCAUUAGCGAAGUCGACAUACUCAGUUCAGCGCCAGCCCACCCGUAUGCGUCGGAUGGCACCUAGGGCUGCAUGAGAUGAGUCUGAUUUUGUAUCUCCAUGUUUUGUACAGCCUUGAUGUCCCUUUUUACCUGGUCGUGUCAAGAUUGCGCACAACUCGCAGACAUGGAACCUCGUUCCUCAACAGUUGCAACACCGCAAGCGUGCCGGGCCUCUGCCAACAAAAAGGAUGGGGGCUUCUUGUGGGAUGAUCAAACAUGGCCUCUCAGUUUCGGCUCGCCGACCAAAAAUUUGACAUUCGUGCUCACUCACCACAUCGAGAGAAUAUGAUUGUUUGGCGCGACAAUGUUAUUCCAUGGGCGACAGAGAUAUACUUGUCUUUUCAGUGUCAGCUCAAGCAAAUCUGCCAAUGAACGGAAUUAAGAACGUGUGGCUUGUCGAAAGAGUGAACUGCCUGUGUUCUUUCACCCGGAAUUCCGAUUCUUGUCAAAUAAUUGACCACGAGUACUACCUCCUGUGCAAAGUGAACCGGGAUGUUCUUUCCGAUGGAUACUACAUGGAGCCGUGGAUUUGCUCUGUGUUCCGAAAAACAAGUACCAUUUGGAGUUAGAAGCAUUGGAAAGGCCUUUUCUGGGCAAGACAUUGUUCAUGUCCAGGCCACAUGUUCCGAUAUGGGAGUUCGGUUUUU